AUGAUAAUAGGAGACCUUUAUGCUACAGCAGAAUUACCUAUAGCGCUUCUCGUGUUCGUAAUUUUGAAACUGAAACAUGGAACACGAGAAUGGAUUUAUGUAACACAUGGGUUGAGGUGUUUAGGUGAGUUUUUCACAGAUACUGAUAGCUGUGAAUUUGGACUUGAAGAAAAAGAAAAGCUAAACGAUAGCAAUAUGAAGUCUGUUAAGUGUGCAAGCCACGGUAAGCUGUGCUACCUGAAAACAGGAACUAGUGACAAUAACUCCAAGUUUGGAAAGAGUUAUUACAUUUGUCCUUUGAGGCCUGAAUGUUUGUUUUGCGAACCAGCCGAUAUUUUGCCAUCACUUUGUACCAAGCAUAGUGGAAGUGUUGUUGAACUACAGUGUUUGAAAUCCACAUCUUCUGGUGAAAAAAGGCAUUAUUUUCGCUGUAAAGAAGGAAAAGAACAAGGUGGACUUUGGUGUGGAUACAAGAAUGUUAAAGAUCUGUCUAAAGACGAGGUAAGCAUAAAAUAA